AUGGUGACCAGGAAGAAAGACGCCACAAUUGAUGUGGCCAGUAUGUUCAAAGACGUGGAAGUCAAGGUGCCACUCCUGACGGCGUUGAAGAUGCCCCCGAUCAGCAAUUUUAUCAAGGACUACCUGGCGGGGAAGGUCAAUGAAGACGGGAGAAUGAUCACAAAAGAGAAUGUCUCUGCAGUAAUCCAGUGGAGUGACCUCCCCUCAAAGAAGACCGACCCACGGAUGUUCACACUCCCGAUUUCAAUUGGGGAUAUUCAAGUGGAGCACGCCAUGUGCGAUUUAGGGGCAUCUAUCAACGUUCUGCCGUAUGCUAUUUAUCAGAAGCUGGGAGAGGCUAAGUUGGUCGACACCGACAUCAUGAUACAGCUAGCCGACAAAUCUUGCAUUCAAUAG